AUGCGCAGGUCUAUCCUGUGGAAACCGUCCGAGGCCCGGGUCACGCAUAAGGAAGUCGUGGUCGAUGACAAGUCCCUCCCUGAGACACAAGAAAAGCUACGUACCCGCGUCGUGACGCUACAUGGUUUCAUACACGCUUUUAUUUGGCAUCGUAUUGAUGUCGCGGAUACCUUCACUAUUCGUCACAAACGUGAUCGCAUGCCAGUCAAUACUUGGGCCGAGUCCAAGUCGCACAAGGCUUACAGUUAUAAGGAGGCUGGGGGUCAAUUUGCGACCCUCCCCGGUGAGGACUGGUGGAUGUCAUAUCGGUACCAGCUGGAAGAGUUUGUCAAUCGUGUCAAGGGGCGUUCCACGCAAUAUUGGGUCGAGGGUCAGGAUUCAUGGGAUUAG